AUGGCGUCGGCUGUGAAGAGAAAUUAUUACAAAGAAAAGAUGAAUCGUCGGAAGUAAGAAAUUUAUCUGCAUCUUAUAUUGUACUUCGAACUAAAUGAUAUUAUUCAGUCGUAACUGCUCUUGACGUAGCUUAUAAGUUUUUAUUUCGCGAAUUUGAGUUCUAGGGUUUCUACGGAAGUUAGGAUUCUGGCAUCACGUCCUUAUUCAACUCUCGAAGCUUCUACCCUAACCAGAUAAUUUUUCUUUGAUCAUAAUUCAUAGAGAAGAGAAGAAAGAGGAACCUGAAUUACCUAAAUAUCGGGAUCGCGCCAAGGAGCGUCGGGAAGAUCAAAACCCUGACUAUGAACCAACUGAAUUGGGUUCUUUUCAUGCGGUUGCUCCACCGGGUGCUGUUGUCCUUAGGUAGAAUCUCAUGUGUUCUCCUUUCUUACAGAUUGGCAAAGCUUUCUGUCUUCGCACAUUUUACUAUUACGAGUUCGUUUUAUGCAUUUAUGCUUACUAUCUGUCAUAUCUUCAGGUCAGCUGAUGCCAACAAAAUAUCCAUAGAAAAUAGCAAAUAUCUUGGAGGUGAGUCCACGAGUUGAAACCUGGUGCUUUUUUAAUUUUUGAAGACAUUGUUCUUCAUGCCUUGAGACUUAUGUGGGUCCAUUCACUUUCGGAAGUCUGUGCUUCUCAAUGCACCUGUCUAGCUAUAUCUUCGAGGCUCAUUUUCAAUGUCAAGAGGGGAAAAAAAAUAUGGGGGUCGCAUUACCAUUUUCAUUAGCUGAAUUUCUAGAAAUCGUAUCUCCCAGUUCGUUUUGUCUUUAGCAGCAAUGUUUGAUUGAGAAAAUUUUGAGGCUACUGACCCUUUCUGUCAUUGACUCCUCAAUCUGCUCAUCAAAACAAGUAAAAAAUAAUUAUCCUGGUUACCUUAGUUGAUUGUGACAAUCUCCACGAAGUAGAUUCAGAUUGUUGAACCAUAUAUAGUGUCAGUGUAAUGCUUCUUCUUCUCUCUUUUGUAUUGCGGACCCUUGGUGCGAUGCUGGAGGUCUUGCUCAGUGACUCAACUGUACAAUGAGUUUUCUAUGCGUCCUAUCAUUAUGUGACGUGAGACGGCUACUGAUGACACCUUAUGAAUUCUAGGCGGUCCUUGUUAUGACCAUAGACCAGUUUGAGGGGUUGUGGUCAAUGUAGAAGCAGAUAGGUUCGCAUGGUGUUUCUGGUGUCUCUAACUGUCUGCUCUUUAGGGGAUGUGGAGCAUACUCACUUGGUCAAGGGGUUGGAUUAUGCAUUGCUUCAGAAAAUAAGGAGCGAAAUUGAUACCAAGAAACCGGAGACUGAAGAAGCAAAAGAUGGAAAAUCCAGGUAAGUUCUCUAUAACAGAUGUACGUUUAGCAUAUUAUUUACAUUCCUUCUGGUUAUAUCUUUUGGGGAAAAAAGUUGCCUUGAGCGCUUGAGUUGGCUUGCCUUUUUUGUGUAAACCCUGAUAUGCAUCGCUUUAAGCUCUAAUCUUGACUAGGUUUCUGAAAUUAAUUUUUUUAUGUCGUUAUUUUGUAGAUGCUUGGUACUUUUUACCAUCAAGGAUUUGAACAAUGAUAUCAUUCUCGUGCCUAUGUUUUUGUAAUGUUUUUAUGUGCAUUGCAAUCUAUGACCGGAAGGAAUGGCUAUCAUCCUGUAUACUCACUAUAUGAUCAAUCAGACGCUUGUGCUGCUUCUUGUCGUAUAAGUUUUGAGAGGGUUGAAGAUUACAUUGUUGCUCUGUGAUGUUGUAGUUAUUCCUAGUUGAAAUAUGUAUCGGCAUUCGCCAUGACUAUCAAUCAGGAAAGCAGGACUCCACAGAUAUGCAUUAGGCCAUUGAUUUUUGUCGAUUCUUCAAUUUUUUCCAAGUUGAUGCCUAUAUUAUAGCUGGCAUUGGGUUUUUUUCGCUUAUGCUCUACUUUUAUCCAGUCCAAACAGACAGGUUGAAAUUAUGACAGUAUAUCAUGUGGAAGUCUCAAUUUACAGAUAUUCAAUUAGAAUUUGACUUUUGCCAUGCUGUGAUAUGACGUUUGGUUAUGAAUGUUCUUUCACUUGUCCUGACAACUUUCAAUAUUCUUACAGCAAAGUAGCCAGGGAAGAUCAGCUUUUGUCAUUUCGUACUGCAGCUGCAAAGGUGAAAUGACUUGAUAUCUUUAGUCGUCAAAGUGUAUAUUAGAAGUCCAGUGUAAACAUAUUGGCAUCUAACUUAGGCUUUCUGAUUGUAGUCAGUUUAUCAGUGGAUAGUCAAGCCGCUGAGUGUUGUGAAGGCUAAUGAGAUGUUUCUGCCUGGUCGGAUGGCCUUUGUCUUCAACAUGGUAGGAUUUUCUCAUUGUCAUAAAUGGUCUUUUACCUUUUCUACAUGGGUUUUCAAUCAGCUUUCCUUCAACAACAAAAAAAAGGUCCUCUGGAAUUUUUGCCAUUGUGAAACCGAUACGUGACAAUCAACUAGCUCAAAUUUCAGUUGGAAAAAGAAAAAAAAUGGAAGGCAGGGUAAGAGAAAAAGGUGUAUGACUGAAUGACGGAUAAGUUAAGGUUAAAUAGAAGAAUAGUAAGUUCAGGGAUGCAAGAAAAUAGAAUAGAGAAUAGAAUAGUUAAGGUUAAAUUGUAGAUUCCAUGAGUUUCUCAAGAUUUACCCAGCAUUCUAGAAUUUUACAAAGCAUUGAUCCGCGGAUAGCAUGAGCUUAAUGAAAAAGAGUUGUAUGUGAACAGUUCUGAUGAUGGGAACAAUAUGUUUGUCACAAUCCGACUGGAGUUUAUAAGUUAUGAAAUUUAAACUAAAAUUAAAAUCAGCUGUUCUUUAUGAAUAUAAUAAAUCAUCAACUCUGGGGCAUUCCAAUGUAAAUUUAAUUGAUACGUUAUCGUAGAUGUGCGGGGCACUGGUGGACUGAGCACAUAAAUAGAAAACUAAGAUUCAUAUUUGGACCAGAAAUAUGUUUCUCCAAAUAGAAAUGAACCUUAUACCUGUGUGAGCCAGCCCAAAGCAAUCUAACUGGCCUUCUCCUGUUUGGAAGUACUUCAUGCUAAUUCUGGGGACGUCUUUGAACUGCAUCAUACCCACCCAUUUGACACCUCUGAGAAUUAGAUGAACUCCUUUUAGAGCCCGCUCCGGUGGGUUUUUAUUUGGCCUUCCCCAUUGGAAAUCCCUUUACACGGAUUGCGGGCGUUCAUUUGAAAUGCACCAACCCAUUGGUCAACAACAAUUGCUUAAGUUGACAUCAUUUCAUUUUCCGGCUAUGUUCAUGGGCAGGACACGAGCCUAGGUAAAACUUAUAUCUGCAACAUCUGGAAUUCCGAGUUUUGGCAAAAAGGGUGGAACCUCAGUUGUUCUUUUUAUGACUCAUACAUAGUUAACGUCUUUUUCAAUGACCAGUCUUUAUGAAUUACAGAUUUUAUUAGAAGAGAAAGCCAGAGGCAUGGGUGGGAUGAGUUUGCCGUUUAUUUAUAUUGACCUUGCACUUGUUGGUUUCUCAUGCCACGCGAGCUGGGAAAUACCGCCUGAUAUUAUUUUUUCUUAAAAAAUAAUCUUUAUGGGAUAUUUUUUUUGACGUCAUCAUCUCUGUCUUCUUCAACGAGCUGCAGGAAGAAGGGUCCUCCCAUGAUAUACCGACUACACUUCACAGAAGUAAGGCUGACUGCCCCAUUCCGGAGGUUUGUCGUCCUCUUCAUAUGCGUAUACACGCUUUAACCUUCUGUGAGGGUCGUUCGUUGUUUGUAAGCUCCAUGAGUGAUCAAGCUGAACGGGGGCUUUGCCAUGGUGUUACCCAGGAGAUGGUUACAGUCGGUGUUGACGGUUCUGUGCUUGAUCGCAUCGCGAAAAUCAUGUCCUAUCUGCGGUUGGGGUCUUCAGGGAAGGUAUUGAAGAAAAAGAAGAAGGACAGAGACGCAAGAGGUAUCCUUCUGCCUGCCUAAUGCCCUACUGAAAUCGAUGCAUUAUACCUCACCCUUUCUUUUCCUGCCAGGUAGAACCUUAUGAUGAUGAUGAUGGCGUUUUUUCUUCUUCUUUGUUUUUUUUUUUUUUUUUUUUUUUUUUUUUUUUUUUUUUUUUUUUGGUUUGCCUCAAUGAAUAUUCUGCUCACUUGGUCAACUGUGAAAUCACCAAUCCUUGAAAGUGGGCGUCACAUUGUUCUACAUGCACAUCUCCGUUGCCAGGGAAGCUGUCUGGUCUUGGGAUCGAUUUCGAGGAAGAUGAGAAAGCCAGGCUCCCUGAAAGUGGGGUCAAGAAGCAUGAAGAAGCUGAGAGGGAAUCUCUUCCGCCACCCCCUCAGAUGAGCCACCUUGAUGUGAGGGACAGGCAGGCCCCACCUUCUGCAAGAGAAGACGACGACGACAUUUUUGUCGGGUACGGCGUCGAUUACGCCGUCCCUGGUAAUGGCCCGAACCAGAGCCCCCUGUCAGAGGACAUGGAGGAGUCCCCCAGGAACAGGGAGCGGCAGUCAUAUUUCUCUGAGCCCGCCUAUGGUCCCGCUCCUCCCGACCACCCUCCACAACCCUGGGAAGCGACCGUAAGUUCCUCGAUUACAAAAGAAAUCACUUCUUCUUCUUCCUCCAUUUUUCUCUUUUCCUUGUUACUGUUUUGGGGGAAGCAAUGGAAGAAUAUCCAGGGCAAUCGCAAUCAUCAGACGGCCCCGUUUCUUUCUUGCAGAAUGGUUACGAUGUGAUCCAACAGGCCCAGGUGGUGGCGGCUGCAGCAGCAGCAUACCAGGGCGAAUGGCAGCAGCAGCAGCAGCAGGGCUGGCAGUACGCCGAGCAGCAGCAGGCGGAGUACCCGGAGCAGUACCUCCAGCAGCAGCAGAGUCAGCAGAGCCUGCCGGAGUUGGAUCCCCGCUUCAUGACGCAGGAGGACAAGGACCGGGGGCUGGGCUCCGUCUUCAAGCGCGACGACCAGCGGCUCCAGCAGCUAAGGGAGAAGGACGCCCGAGAGAAGGACCCCAACUUCGUCUCGGAGAGCUACUCCGAGUGCUACCCGGGGUACCAGGAGUACAACCGCGAGAUUGUGGAGAGCGACGACGAAGACGACCUCUCCAAGAUGGACAUGGGGGGCCGGGUGAGACAAGGACCCCGACUUCUCUCUCUCUCUCUCUCUUCUUCCUUCUCUCCUUGUUGUUUCUCUGACGAAGGUGGAGUUGCAGGCGAAGGGGCGGCUGCACCGGUGGGACUUCGAGACGGAGGAGGAGUGGGCGACGUACAACGAGCAGAAGGAGGCGAUGCCGAAGGCGGCGUUCCAGUUCGGGGUGAAGAUGCAGGACGGGCGCAAGACCCGGAAGCAGAACAAGGACCAGAAGCUGACCAACGAGCUGCACAAGAUCAACCGCAUCCUCGCCAGGAAGAAGGCCGAGAAGGAAGGCCGCGACGACGCCGCCGGCGACUUCGACGACGAGCCGCAGCCCGGGAAGAAGCUCCGCGUCUGA